CACUUCACAGGAAGACACAACAGAGAUAAGAGAAGGUCCUAUAGGACAGCAAGGAGAUGCCACCUAAGACCAAAGAAGAAAGGAUAAAAGCUGCAGCACAGAAGAAAAAGAACACAAGUGCUGGUAUGGAAAUUGGAUCCAUCCAUAGGCUGGCAGUGCUGGAAAAGAAGUUGCUCCAAGACCACUUAGCUCUGGCACUGUUCACAUCUCUGCAAAAGGGCAAGGCCCAUCGAGCCAAGGCUUGUGCAGAACAGCUAAAGCAGAGGUUGCAAGGGCUGGAGGCUGAACUGGAGGGGUCCCGAAGUGAAGGGAAGGCCAUAUAUGCAGAGAUGAGUCAUCAAUGCCAGGUCCUGCAGGAGGAGGAGGAGACCCAUAGCAGGCACCUGGGGGAAGAAGUGAGGAGCCUUCAAGAGCAGCUUGACAUGUGCCAGAGGGAGGCUCAGGCUUCAUGGCAAGAGUCCAAGCAAGCCCUCAGAGAGUGGGACAGAACUCUGGCCCAGCUUUGGACCCACAUAGCAGACAUGGAAGCCAAGUAUGAGGACAUCUUACAUGGCAGCCUGGACCGGCUCUUGGCUAAGCUGAGAGCCAUUAAGCCACAGUGGGAUGGAGCCAUGCUGAGACUCCACACCAGGCACAAGGAUUAGCUCUGCUAGUUUGGACUUAACCCCCUGGAUCUUUGAGGC